AUGGGUCAAUUCGGGAUCGCGUGUAUACGGGUUAUCAGUGUCUUGGUUGCUCUGGCUUCCUUCGUUCAAGCAACUCCAGUUCUGGAUGUCGAACAGAAAGCCAUAUUCACUAGGUUCGCUUCAGUUAACAACCCAGAUGUAUCACUGCGAUUUGUCUCCGACUCGGGCGUCUGCGAAACAACCCCCGGUGUCCAUCAAAUGUCCGGAUAUAUUGACGUUGGAACGAAUAUGUCGAUGUGGUUUUGGUUCUUCGAAUCUCGAGAAAGUCCUGAAACUGCGCCGUUUACACUUUGGCUAAAUGGUGGACCUGGGUGCUCUUCCAUGAUUGGCCUUUUCCAAGAGAACGGUCCUUGUCAGGUCAAUCCCGACGGCGCAACAACGGUAUUGAAUCCCUUCAGUUGGAAUAACAUCAGCAAUAUGAUUUACAUCGACCAGCCUAUUGGCACCGGUUUCUCUUUUGGCACCGAUACAGUAAACAGUACACUUGCAGCAUCGCCUUUUGUGUGGCAAGCAUUCCAGGUACUCUUUGAGAGUAAUGAGUUCGCGAAAUACCAAUCAAGAGAAUUCAUUUUUGCAACAGAAAGUUAUGGUGGCCACUACGGCCCUGCUAUGGUGACAUUCUUUGAUCAACAGAACGCGCUUAUUAAAGCGGGAGCUUUGAAAGGAGAGCUUGUGACCAUCAGCGCACUUAUGAUCAACAAUGGAUGGUACGAUCCUCUCAUUCAAAAUAAAGCCUACGUCGAUUUCGCAUUCAAUGCUCCUGGAUAUGGACAAUUGCAACCCGACAAUGUGCUUGCCAAACUAAACCAGUCAUACUUUGAACCAGGAGGUUGUAAAGACCAGGAAGAAGCUUGUUAUGCGGCUGGUACAGGUCCGGAUUCCGAUGCUAUAUGCAAAAAAGCAGACAACUUUUGUGUGGAAAAUGUAUUUUCUCCCGCUGUGGGUAAUCGAGAUUCGGACGACCUCCGUCAAAAUGCAUCUUCUCCGAAUCCCUUUCCUCCUGAAUUCUAUCUCAAUUUCUUGAAAUCACCAACAGUGAAAGCAAAGAUUGGCGCGGAGAGCACCUAUCACGAAUGUGCCAAUGCACCAUUUAAUUUAUUCUCUACAACUGGAGACGAUGCAAGGACGUUGCUCCCACAGUUGGGUGCCCUGGCUAAUUCUACCCUCAAGAUCCUCCUUUGGGCGGGAGAUGCUGAUAUUAAUUGCAACUGGCUAGGUGGUCAUGCAUCUGCCCUUGCGAUGGAUUGGUAUGGCGCAGGGCGCCUCGCAGCAACACCAUUCACAAACAUGACAAUCAACGGAGUACCUGUGGCAGCCAUUCAAAAUGUGGAUAACUUCUCCUUCGCGAGAGUCUUCCAAGCCGGACAUGAAGUGCCGGCCUUCCAACCGCAAGCUGCAUUGGAGAUCUUUAGACAGGUUAUCAAUAUGGAACAACUCCAUUCAGUUUGA